CCCCGCGGCCGGGGCCGGGCGGGCAGCCGCGGCCCGCAGAUGUCAAAAUUAACCUGGACUACUUGGGAAUGGCGAAACAUAGCCCUGGGACCCUGCCAUGAACAGUGCAUGAAGAACAGAGGAGAUAUUUCCGCUUAUCAGAGAUGAUGUGGAGAGACGCUUUAUCUCUGGUGGAAGAGGAGGAUCCUCAUAUGAAAGUAUCUCUUGGUAGCAGCGAUAUGGGCGUCUCUGCCCAUCUACAGUCUUCUAAGACAGGGACCACGAGAUUUUUCACCAGCAAUACUCACAGUUCUGUGGUGUUACAGGGUUUUGACCAACUGCGGGUAGAAGGUUUGCUUUGUGAUGUGACGCUUGUUCCAGGAGAUGGUGAUGAAGUGUUUCCAGUUCACAGAGCAAUGAUGGCUUCUGCAAGUGAUUACUUCAAGGCUAUGUUCACAGGAGGAAUGAAGGAACAGGAUUUAAUGUGCAUUAAGCUUCAUGGCGUGAACAAAAUAGGCCUAAAGAAGAUCAUUGAUUUCAUUUAUACUGCAAAACUUUCCCUUAACAUGGACAACCUUCAGGACACUCUGGAAGCUGCCAGUUUUUUGCAGAUUUUACCUGUUUUGGACUUCUGUAAAGUGUUUCUUAUUUCUGGGGUUUCGUUGGAAAACUGUGUUGAGGUUGGGCGAAUUGCCAACACAUACAAUCUCACAGAAGUGGAUAAAUAUGUUAAUAACUUCAUCCUGAAGAACUUCCCUGCAUUAUUAAGUACUGGUGAAUUUGUGAAACUCCCCUUUGAACGUCUUGCCUUUGUGCUUUCAAGUAAUAGCCUUAAGCACUGCACUGAACUUGAACUCUUCAAGGCAGCUUGUCGCUGGCUACGGUAUGAGGAGCCUCGGAUGGAGUACGCUGCAAAGCUAAUGAAGAACAUCAGGUUUCCACUGAUGACGCCCCAGGAUCUUAUUAACUAUGUUCAAACGGUGGACUUCAUGAGAACUGACAAUACCUGUGUAAACUUGCUAUUGGAAGCCAGCAAUUACCAAAUGAUGCCAUACAUGCAACCGGUUAUGCAGUCGGAGAGAACUGCCAUUCGAUCGGACAGUACUCACUUGGUGACAUUGGGGGGAGUGCUGAGGCAGCAGCUGGUUGUCAGCAAGGAGUUAAGGAUGUAUGAUGAAAAGGCCCACGAAUGGAAAUCCUUGGCUCCUAUGGAUGCACCAAGGUACCAGCACGGCAUCGCCGUGAUUGGAAACUUUCUUUACGUAGUUGGGGGCCAGAGCAAUUACGACACAAAAGGAAAGACGGCGGUUGACACGGUCUUUAGGUUUGAUCCUCGCUACAACAAGUGGAUGCAAGUUGCAUCUUUAAAUGAGAAGCGCACCUUCUUCCACCUAAGUGCCCUCAAAGGACAUUUGUAUGCAGUCGGUGGUCGAAAUGCAGCGGGUGAGCUAGCCACUGUGGAAUGUUACAAUCCCAGAAUGAAUGAAUGGAGCUAUGUCGCAAAAAUGAAUGAACCCCACUAUGGUCAUGCUGGAACUGUGUAUGGGGGAUUAAUGUAUAUUUCAGGGGGAAUUACCCACGAUACUUUCCAAAAGGAACUUAUGUGUUUUGACCCUGACACAGACAAAUGGACUCAGAAAGCUCCGAUGACGACAGUCAGAGGUCUGCAUUGCAUGUGUACUGUAGGAGACAAGCUAUAUGUUAUUGGUGGAAAUCACUUUAGAGGAACAAGUGAUUAUGAUGAUGUUCUAAGCUGUGAAUAUUACUCACCAACUCUAGACCAGUGGACUCCAAUUGCUGCCAUGUUACGUGGGCAAAGUGAUGUUGGGGUUGCUGUCUUUGAAAAUAAAAUCUAUGUUGUUGGAGGAUAUUCUUGGAAUAAUCGGUGUAUGGUGGAAAUAGUUCAGAAAUAUGAUCCAGAAAAAGAUGAGUGGCAUAAAGUAUUUGACCUUCCAGAAUCACUUGGUGGCAUUCGAGCCUGCACUCUUACCGUUUUCCCACCAGAGGACAAUACAGGGUCACCGUCUAGAGAAUCUCCUCUUUCGGCACCUUAGAAACAUCCCUUGACUUAUGAUGUUGUAGUAACACCUUUGCACUGCAUCAUGGAGUCUAUUAUUUUUCUUCAGUAGUUUCUGUUAGGCUUAGCCUACAGCAUUUCGUACAAUUACUGGAAAAAAAAAGACUUUGACAUUAUUUGUGCUGUUUGUUUGGCCUAGAAUGUUUGUGAAGUGGUUAACAAAAAAAGAUGUACUCACCCGAGCCAAAUGUUUAACAAAUGAGAAGAUAUUGUCUAUAAAAUGUAUGAACUAGGUACGUUAUUAAUGUUGUGUAUUCGGUAUGAGGUACCUUAUAGCUUACAUUUGGAAGCCCAAUGAGUCAAAUUUGAAGACUUUAUAUUGAACACGUUCUUUCACUAAAUUUCAUGUUGAAAUCCUUUUUCCUUUCAUUUUUGACUGCAGAUUACAAGGGGAGGUAGACCACAUCAAUGUGAACUAUGACAGAAGGUUGCCAAGGGGCCUGAGCUACCUCCCUCUUUUCACAGAGUAUUUUUGACAUAUCUGUUUACCCACCUGACUUUGUGGGUGCUUUCAGAGCAUAUGAAGUUUCUUAGGCAGAGGGGAGAAAUAAAAUAAUUUUAAAAUAUUAGCACUAUACAGGAAGCGGACCUUGUUUUUUAUAACAUAUAUUGAGUGUUUUUCCUGAGUCGGUUGAGUGAUGCUUCAGACAAAAGACUUAAAAUGUUUGGGUUUUUUUAAUUUGGAUUUUUUCAGGAAUUGGCUUCCGCUUCAUGGGAGCACACACUAUUAACAAAUGGGAAUUCAGUGCAGUUGUAUAUUCUGUUGUAUGCCUGUACUGAAUAUAGGUAGAUAAGGGCUAGAAACAUUAACUUACGCCACUGAAUUUGACCAAAUCGUUUCAUCAGAUCAAAUUUAAUCUACCUUUUCUCCUGUGCUGUUGAGAUAACUGGCAUAAUGUGUCCUCUGUAUAGUCUCAGUUAAUAAGGUUAUUUAGCACAAAGUGCAGCUUCAGCGAGAGAGCUGCUUUUGCUCAGUGAACUUGGACUCCCACGUUUUACCUUCUUCUGUUCAAUAAAACUUUUAACUGCAGUUAUUCAGUCUAAGCUACCUCAUUAAUGUAUUUGGUUUUCUUCUUCUGCCUCACUGUCUCCAGGAUACGCAUUACGUAUAUCUGUGUGGGUAGAUUAAUUUGCUAGGAAACCAAUGCAGAAGUGAUCAUGAAUGGGUAUUUUUGACCUACUUUUAAGAAACUAUUUUGGCCUCAUGUGUUAAUUUUAUUGUUAAGGACUGACAAAAGAACAAACUGUCUUAAUUUUUUUCAUGGAGAACUACUGCUUGUGUGCAGCCGUGCAAAUUUUCAGAAAUCUUUGCUCCAAAAUACAGUGCACUGCUGACAAAUUGCAGCUCUGAGUGCUUAUAGAAGGCUAAUACCAUCGUGCUUGUUCUGAACUUCCCGUUGUAUGUUACAAGUGGUUUUGCUAAUGAACACAGUCAGAGGGGCAUCAUCUGGGGAAAACUGUUUAAAUCAACUUAUUUUAUUGUGUUACCUAUUACCAAUAACCCUGUAAAGCUUAAUAGACUUUUGUUGGAAGUAUGCUAUUUGUAUUUUGUCCCUGCUUGAUGCAUCAAGCAGCAGUAUUACUAUGGUGUCAGUUUUGGAAGUACUGAUAUUUAUUCUUUAUGCAGUUUACUAGUAAUGAUCACUACCAAAAUGUUAUGUGUAAGCUUUAGGUUUUAUAAUUGUUUUGGUUAAAAUCAAAAGCAAUUCUUCCUCUUCAAAAAAAAAAAAAAAAAAUCUUAAUUCUGCGUAGCUGUGCAAGGUUGUUACAGGUGUUAAUAGUGGCACCAGUGGAUACUCUUGGAAAGCAGCCAGUCAAGAUGAAUUGAUUCAUCACCUUAAGAAUAUGCUUCUAAUGCUGUGCAAAGCACCAGACAGGAAAAUGUUGCUCUGUCGCUUAAUUAUAUGUCAGCCAUUUAAGUGUUACAUGCUACUAAUUUUUUUCCAGCUCAGAGACCAGAUUUUAGAGCUUGCUUGAGUUUAAAUCCCCUGAAAUCCAUAUUCCAUUUCUAUUUUAUUAAUUGAACUAAUAACUAUUUUAUUAAACUAAACUUCAGUUGCAACUGAAGUAGUUGCAACUCCUUUUGGAUAAUGGAAAUAUAUCCUGCUGUCUGUAUGCUGGGGAUGAGGAGAUGCACUGUUUAAAAGUGGGUAUCUUCACUGGUAUUCUCCAUUUGGAAGAAGCUUAGCGUGGGUUCUAACCAUUAUGAGAUGGUUAGAAGUCAGGAUGUCAAAGUUUUGUGUCUGAGCCUUGAGAAUAGCCCAGGAGCUGGUAUAUGGCCACAAUGUAGAGAUUUAUCUUUUUUAGUGACUCAUCUGUUCUACUGAAAGUGGAAGAAUUCUUUUUGUAUGUCAUUUUGUCAUCAGUGUUGGACAUAGCAUAGUGGAUUAAAUGUAGUGCCUCAAUCAAAUUAAUCUUUGAGGUUUUUUCUUAUAUCUCCCUCUGGAUUAAAGUGCUCAUAAUGAUAUUAGUUAACAUCUACUCACCAGGACCGAAAAGCAAACAUCAAAGAUUUGCCAAAAACUGCGAACUAUUUUCUUCUGUAAUGCAGAAUAAAAUGACUUGAUGCUCAUUACAUCUUUCUUAACCAUAGCAUAACAAACCCUUUCCAUCUCUGAAUCCACAGCUGUAGGUCUACAUAUAGAUAUAGCAGAUAUUCAAUCUCCAUUUUCAGUAAGGCUGCUUUUAUGAAGAGUAAGCCCGUCAUAGUAUCUAGAGCCAGCAGUGUCCAGAAGAUAAGCAGCUGCCUUUUUCAUAACUCUUGAAUGCUUUCCUUUUUGCAGUUAUAGUACCUAAAUUAGAAAAGCAUCUGGAUAAAAAGCAAUUAGUAGAUAUUUGACCUGAAUGUGAAUAAGGCUCCAUUAGUGUGCUAGCAGGGAGAGCCGCUGGAGCUGUCUGCCCUUCCCGAUGAUGGCAGACCUACACUGCAAUCUCAGAAUUCAUUUGGACUUCGCUUUUUUUGGUGCCCAAUUAGCAGCAAACGCCGAAAGUGCUCACUUCCAUAUACAACUUGUCAAAAGGCCUGGCUGAUAUUUCUGCAAAGAAACACAGCACUCUGAAUGACUCAAGACGUCUGGGAUGACAUUUCCCUUGUGCUGUGUUUUGAAAUAGGACAAGAAUGAUGGGAAGAAAACCUGGGAAAACCCAGAUUAUUUGAAGUUUCUUUGCCCUGUUCACAUCAAAGAGCUGAUCAUCUGCAGAUGUGCAGUUUUCUGUGGUUCCCUUUGCCUUAGAAACUUGUGUAAAGUCUAAGAGUCUGGCCUCGGGGAAGCAAUUCAUGGCAGGACCCAACCUGUCUUGGGGCAUUUGCAGUCUUGGCAUUCUUGGGAUAAUGGAGUUGUCAUGAAGGGGUGAGAACUGGAGCAGCAGAAGGCAGCUGGCUGACGGCCUGACCUGUGGCUCUAGAGUUCACUUGUGCUGAAGAAUCACUGUGAGUCUUAACCUGUUCCCAGGACAAAAAUGAGUUGUUUUCUCGUACUAAUGCUACUUUUAAAUUGCCCGUUCUGUUUCUGAGGGGGGGAAUCUUCAAGGACUAGCAUUUUAGUAACAGUCAGAAGUUCAAACCAAUAGUCUGAUUCUUUGGCGGAAUAAUGGAAAUCUUGGAUUAGGGCGGUUUGCAUACAGAUAAAUAAAAUUCUCCCCAAAGGCUUACAGUCUUAAUCUGAUGGGCUGAUUGGACACCAAAAAAUAAUUUGAUGCCACAGCAAUAAGUGCAAUACAAAUGUCUGGAGAAGUUUAUAGCCAAAGAUUUGGGGGAUUAUCUGAUCUGGAGGAUUAUCUGAUCUGGAAAGAUCAGAACACUUCAAAAAAAAGUUCACUCUACCUACUAGAAUUGUUCCUUCUUAAUUUACCCUCCAGCUGGUAAUUACCUCAUCUUUGCAUUGGUGUCUUACUCUGCUGGAUGCUAGUUUUUUAAUUCUUCCUUUUUGUAGCUGACAUCUUUGUUACUUCCUCUGCUCCUAAUCAGAAUCGAUAAAGCGUGAAGCUUUUCUAGUGGCAUGGUCCUCACAUCAAGGGAGAAAAUAGCCCACUGCUGGUAUGUAACAUACUUUUGGUAAAUGUAAUCAUAAUUCAGCUUGUGUGUACUUGGAAAUAUAGAAGCAGUUUUAACCUAGUAAAAGGUAUGUGUGUGUUGAAGGAGUAAUGCGUGUCCCAUUUCCUCCUGGCUUGCACCUUACAUGGUGUUUUAGGUUGUGCGUAGUGAUAGGCUACCCAGAGAUCUGGAGGGUGAGUCAAGCUCUCUUACGUAGCACUUUAUGCUUUCCAUGCUCUGUGAAAGUGUUCUUUCCUUGCACAGCAUAUGUAGCUUAUCAGGUAUUUUUUUUCUUUUGUAUUUUAGUUAAAAUGUGAAUGAUAGUUCUUUGUGUACAGAUGUGGUCAGGGAAAAAAGUCUUAAAAUGCAGAGUUAUGUAUGCUUUUCUUAAUGAUAAAGUAUUUGGUCCCAUGAGUAUUGCAGGACCCAUUCAGCUGUGAAAAGGUGAUUGCAAUUUUGAGAACAAGCUAGGGAAUUAGGAUGACUUUACUGACUGGCACGAGUUCACAUGUUCUUGUUGCCAGUCUUUUACACAUCAUUAAGUGAACUUUGUAGUCUGUAGGCUCUGUUGGACCUGCUGAUUACCUGUUCUGGGGAAAAUGUGAUGGAAUUUGUUCCACAACAUAUCUUACUCAGUAAAACAGCAUGGCUAGUUUUUGUCAGGAAUUCCAGCAUUAGUGAUGCACAGGAGUCCUCCAGAGUUAUUUAAUGACCAGGUGAUUUGUAGAAGAUGCAGCCCAGAUAAGCUGGGAGUGGUGCUACAGCAGGAGCCAUGCGUGGUUGACAUUCCAGAAGGGAUGAUCUGGAAUGGGGAUUGCCUGCUCCUCUGUGUAUUAUUUUGGCUCUUGAAUGCCGUUUUUUUCUCCAUCUUUGGGAGUGUUUAUUGCUGCUGUUUGGAUUUUUCACUUUUUAUUCAUGAAAUGAGUAAUGCCUCUCUGAAUCUGUAGUGGGAGUGAAAGGUUGAGUGGGUUCUUUCUGAGCUGCAUGCUGUCAGGCUAUCCACAUAUUCAUUAAAAAGUUUUCUGUUCGGGGCUCUGUUCCCUAAACGUUUAGAAGAAUUCUGUUUGCAAUGUGAAAAGAUCCCAAAUGAAAAUGUGUUUGGGACUGGAAACACAAAGCUAGUAAACUUGCAUAGUAAAAUUACAGUUCUAGGCAGAAAGAAAGCUUUUUUUUUUUGAGUUUGGCAUGAUUCAGAGGUUCAUUUGGACAUUGAGCUCACACAGACUGUCUGGAGCAAUCUUUUUUUUUUUUAAAUAAUUUAUAGUUGGCUUAGGUGAACCAGAGCUCAGUUGUUCAUACCUGCUUGCACUCUUGGCUGGCCUGUCGCUGUGUUCUCCCCUAGACAGCUUUCUGCGCUGGCUGGCAUCUGUUUUCUCUAGGCAAGUGGAAAAGCACCUCUCCUGUCUUCCAUGCUGCCUGUUGAUUGAGUUCCAAAAUAAAUCUGAGCUUUGAUUCUUACAUCUAACGUACGUUGUGGCUCUGGCCUGCUAAAGAUCACGUGGAGCUGUGGAAUGAGGACCAUGGCUUUGACAUCUAAUUACCUACCAGCCCCUUGCUGCUUUGCAAGAUGUUCCCAAACCCAGCUAAAAUCUGUGUGCAGGAGGCAAAUCUCUAAGGCUGACCUAAAAUUUUAGUUACCCUGGCAUCUAAAGACCACCAGAAUCUCCUCAUCCUCUUUUCAAGGAGGGUUGUGUACCAGAGCUGCUGAGUCCUCUGGAAGGGGGUAAAUACAGCAACUCUUUGGUAUGCAAUACUUCUUUCUUGGCCAUUGAUUCUGCCCUUUCUUUCUUCUGUGCCUGUAUGGAAAUUGCAGGAGGGAGGGUCAGGGUUUGGUCACGCUUUCCAGAUCCCAGUAGAGAGCAAGCUUGUUUACUCUCAUCUCUCCGCACAACAUUGGGAAAAAGAACUGUAGGAACACUUAAGAUUUUAAACAUUAACUCAUGGAACAGUAUCAAUUAAUGAAGGAAAAAAUUAAAAUUGGUCCAUUUUAACAUGUGUUCCCCAUAUCCAGGAUUGUUCCAAAAUACUUGGCCUCUGUUGGAUUAACAACUUUGCCUUUAUCUCCCUUAUUCAACAUCACUGUAAAAAAAUUGCUUGGUUUCUUCUCCAUUUGUUUUUCAUUGCUUGUAACCUUUUCUUAGAAGUGUGGAAAUAAUUUUCCUUACAUGUUUUAUGCACCGAAAUAAACACAACACUGAUCACCUGA